AUGUCCUCCCCGGUGCACCCCUGUCUGUUGGAAGCAUUGAAUCUCCUUGGUUACGGAUGGCCCCUUUCCAGAGAGGAAAUCAAAGCACUUACAGAUAUCCUUGAAGCUCGCCUUCGCCUAGCACUACAGUCAUUGGAGGUGAUUGGGUAUCCCAAUUUCCGAGAGCCAUGGAAAAGGGAGCUGGCUCAAGGACUUGUGCUCAUUGAUCAUAUUUUGCUAGGGGCUGGCAAGGAACUUCCCCCCUCAUAUGAUCUUCUUAUCAGGAAGCAGAUUUGGGACCCAAGUGUCCCCGGGUUCCCUUUGACAGAAUCAUGGCUUACACAUAACCCUUGUAACCUACGAGAUGUCAAGAAUCUUGGCAGUGAUCGUUGUGUUGCCCAACGGCUGCGAUGUGCUGAGUCAACACCCUUGUUACCAACAUCACAUCGGCAUUCUCCUUGGAUGUACUGGGAUGGGAAUGAAAUGCGAUGUCGGGCGUACAAGACAGUGCGUCUCGCAUAAUAUGCU